AUGCCGAAGUAUAUGACUACACUUUAUUCAAAUUUCAGUGGAAAUCAAGACGAAAAGAAUAGUACUGCAAGAUACAUAUUCAUGAUUGAAGGCAUUCCAAUCUUAUGGAUAUCAAGGAAGCAAAGCAUUAUGGCUUUGUCAUCAUGUGAAGCUAAGUAUCUGGCUACAUCAUAUGCAGCAUGUAAAGCAGCUUGGAGGAACAAUCCGCCAACUUUUGAAGGAGCUCAUGAACCUGAUAAAGCUCAAGAGUGGUUGAAGGUGAUUGAGAAAAUAUUUCGAGUUAUGAACUGUUCAGAUGUGCAGAAGGUGCAGUUUGGCACUCAUAUGCUUGAGAAAGAAGCUAAGGAUUGGUGGCGCAACAUUGUUCAGAGAUUUUAUGAGGAUGGCAUUGAAGUGACUUGGGCACUUUUCCGUGAUGCUUUUCUGGAGAAGUUUUUUCCAAAAGAUGUUCGUGGAAAGAAGGAAAUUGAAUUCCUUGAGUUGAAGCAAGGUAAUGGUACCAUAGCUGAGUAUGCUGCAAAGUUUGAGGAGUUGAUCAAAUUUUGUCCCCAUUACAAUACUACUAAUGCUGAGAGAUCAAAGUGUCUUAAGUUUGUGAAUGGCUUGAGACCUGAUAUCAAGAAGGAAAUGGGUUACCAACAGAUUACGGUAUUUUCUAAGUUGGUUAACAAGAGUGGGAUUUAUGAUGAGGAUAGCCGUGAGAGUGUUGCUUAUUGCAAGUCCUUGCAUGAUAAGAAAGGAAAAGGGCAAUUCCAAGGGAAGUCGUAUGAUGGUAAGAAGAAAGAUGGUGAUGGUAAGAAGUCGAGUGGGGGAGGAUCUCACACUCUUGUCAAGUGCUUCAGAUAUGGUGUUAAGGGACACCGUGCUCCCGAGUGUCCUAAGGGCGAUGUGACUUGUUUCAUGUGUGGCAAGCAAGGUCACAAAUAUUUUGAUUGUAGAGUUGGUUCGAAUGUGAUUUGCUACAACUGUGGUGAGCAAGGGCACAUUAGUACCAGGUGCAACAAGCCGAAGAAGGAGCAAGCCAAAGGGAAAGUGUUUGCAUUGUGCGGUGCUGAUACUCCUGCUGAGGAGAGAUUUAUUUAA